GUACCCAUCAAAGACCAAUUAAUUGUAAACCUAAAAUCAAUUGCCCGACUGUGUAAUACAAUUGUUGAUCGGUGGUCUGAAUGCGAUCGCGGAGGACGACGAUUAGGUCGGAUAAUCUUUUCCGAUAGCUGGAAUUGCUGCCGUGCCACAAUAAAAAAUACUUCUUUUCUGAAAAUCACAGUAGUAGUUCAUUCGAGAUUUUCCACGAUUUUCAAGAUUCAGAAAUCCGGUUUCAAUCGACUGGAGAUGGCAGAUUGUCAUUUUCCAGUUCUGUUUAAAGUCCUCUGUGGUUUUGAUUGCUUCAAAUUUACUCUGCAAAUCCUAAAGCCUCCAAUGGCAUCUUCUGGAGACUCCUGGGUAAGGGAAUAUAAUGAAGCAGUCAGACUUUCUGAUGACAUCACGAACAUGAUAUCUGAAAGGAACUCGCUGCCAGCAUCUGGGCCAGAAGCCCAACGGCAUGCAUCUUCUAUACGGAGGAAAAUAACCAUACUGGGAACUAGACUGGACAACCUACAAUCUCUUCUAUCAAAGCUUCCUGGCAAGCAAUCUUUGUCAGAGAAAGAAAUGAAUCGUCGUAGGGACAGGGUGUCUAAUUUGAGAUCAAAAGUGAACCAGAUGGCUUCCACUUUGAACAUGUCAAAUUUUGCGAAUAGGGACAGUUUACUUGGCCCUGAGAUAAAGCCUGUUGAUGCAAUGAGCAGAAUUAGUGGCCUUGACAACCAUGAACAAGAUGAGGGUCUUGAGAAACUGGAGGAGACAGUGAUAAGCACCAAACACAUUGCACUGGCAGAUAAUCUAGAUGAACAUGUCGAGGUGACAGACUCCAGAUUGCAGCGAGUACAGAGGAGGCUUGCAAUAUUGAACAAGAGGACUAAGGGUGGCUGCUCCUGCUUGUGCCUCCUCCUAUCUGUCAUAGGGAUUGUGGUUUUGGUUGCCAUCAUAUAUUUGUUGGUCAAAUAUUUGUAAUUUAAGAAAGGUUAAGUUCAAACUUCCUCGUGUGCUUUUGUUUUUAUGGAUUUAUAUAAUUAUGUUGGUAUAAAGAAGAGCUAAAGGCAGGACAGGUAAUGCCGUGUAUUUGCUUUCACAAGGACUGAUGGAUUUCCAGAUUGUUUGUCAUGUAUAUAAUUACAUGAUUUGGUUUGGUGCAAAAUUGUACUUAAUAUUAUUAGAAUCUUUUCUGCCUUGAAGAGAACUUAUGUUGAUGGUUGACGAUAUUGGUAUACCUCUAUGUUAACUCGUUUUAUUUUUUAUUCGGAUUUGUUGUCAAAUGUAAGUCAUUUUUAUGGAUUAGUCUUGAUUUAGUCAUGUAAAAGUGG